GGCAGCAGGUCUCCAGGUCCACAGGCCGUCUCAACGUAUGUAGCUGCGUCUCUUCUACAGCCUCUCUCUUCUCUCUUCCUCUCUGGCUGUCUCUCUUUCUCCUUGUCUUCCACGUCUGUGCAUUUUCUGUACCUCUCUUCUCCUACAAUCUGUUUGGUUCCCAAACCGUCUGUUCCUCCUUUCCAUCCCUCCUCAGACCUCAGGAAAGAAGAAGAACGAUGCCAGCACAGAUGUUUGGGCUACAAGCUCGUUUUGAGUCCAGCUGAAGAAGUCAGCGUUUCAGGGCCCCCGGGGAACUAAAACAAAAAACAAAAGAAAAACAGUACUACAGAAGGAACGUUUUCGGGAAAUUGUAUUUUCACGUCCCUCCUUCGUGCUGUAGCUUGGUUUCAUUUUUUUAAAUUUUCCUUCUUUUUUGGAGCUUUUCAAGUGGGGAGGCUGAAGAUGAAGUCAGUUCUCUCUCAGGUCACUCUUCAUCAUUUUCUCUUUGGAGUGUUCUUGUCUUUGGUGGAUGCCAAAGGGACCUACUAUGGCAAUCCCUACAGAUACAACCUGUACAAAUCUGGACUCAACCCCCAUCACUCACCUGGGAAACCCAUGGGCAGGCACAAAAACUAUUGCGCUUACGUUGUCCAGAAGAACAUCUCGUGUACCAUGCAGGACGGGAUGGCCACCUACGUCAAGGCGGAGUACAACAAAUGCGCAUGGGGACAGAAGUGCCCUGUUCUCAUGUACCGGACGUUCUACAAGCCCAAGUACAAAGUCGGGUACAAGACAGUAACUGAGCUGGAGUGGCGCUGCUGCCCAGGGUACUCAGGAGAAGGCUGCUUCGACGGACCCACCACUCUCCCUGACAUGCCCCCAUUCAAAGGUGGCCAUCCCGGCUUUAAGGGAUACCCCCGCGGGCACCCCAGGGGCCACCCCGAGCAGAAGCCCAUCCCCGGCGGGGACCCCACAAAAUAUGGGCAGAAGUUUGGAGGGGUGACGGGCGAGCGGAUGGACCGGAUCGAGGAGGACGUCCGGCGGUUGACCCAGGGGCUGGACACUCUGAACGGCGCGGUGACUGGGCUGGAGGACCGCCUGCGCCAGGGCGUGCGUGAGGACACCAACAAGAUGCUGACCACCCUGCUGGGCACGGCCCCCCGCACCUCCGACUCCUCCGUGGGCUUCGGCAUCAUCCCCGACGGGACCCCCGACGGCCUGGAGGGCGGAGAGGGGUUCCCCGGGUUCGGGGACCUGGCCGGCCGGGUGACCGAGGUCAAGGACGAGAUCCGGGCCAAGAGCGACAUGCUGGACGAGAUCCACGGCAUGGUGCUGGGCCACGACGGGCAGCUGAAGCAGCUGAUCGCGGCGGCCUCAGGGAGGCCCGUCCCCGGGGACUCGCAGAAGCUGCUGGAGGACCUGCUGGACGCCAAGCUGGCCGGCGUGCGGGCCGAGAUCCUGGACGGGCUGGAGAGGCGCCUGACGGGCAUGCAGACCCACUGCGACGACCGCAUCGGCCGGGUGCAGCAGCAGUGCCACCAGGACCAGCUUAACGGCCAGGAGCAGAUGCAGAGCUCCCUGGACGGCCGGGAGACAGGCCUGAGGAAGGAGCUGGGAGACCUGCAGACUCAGAUCCAGGGCUUGACCCUGACCGAGAGCUGCUGCACGCAGGUGACCAGCCUGGCCAACAGGGUGCUGCUGCUGGAGGACUCUGUCAAAGGCCUGACCGAGUCCCAGAGGCAGCUGCAGCUCGCCCUCAGCGAGCAGACCAUCCAUGUGGAGACCAUGAUCGAGGCUCGCCUGGUGGACAUCGAGAGCCGGGUCAAUGCCACGGAGAAGGGAGGCGCUGAGGACGGACCCCCCGACGGCAUAGACGGCUGGAAGACCCUGCUGGACGACAAGCUGAAGACACUGGAGGACCGUCUGUUCAUGGCGGUGGAGGAGCUGAGCAACGUGACGGCUCCCGCUCUGCUGGAGGGGCAGGCGGUGCCCGCUCUGGAGACGGAGAUCGAGUCCGUGCGCCGGCGGGUGGAGGACGGUCUGGACGGGGUCCAGAAGCAGCUGACCGACCUGGAGCUCCUCUGCACCUCCUCCUGCUCCCCGACCAUGGACGGGCAAGUCGACACGGGAGUGAAGGAGGAGGAGGAGGACCACUGCGGCACCAUGGAGGGGAAGCUGACCGGGCGGCUGGACGGCCAGUCGGACCGGCUGGACAAGCUGAACGGCACCCUGGGCCAGGUGCUGGCCAGGCUGGCCCAGGAGGAAGAGGAGGGCUCCGUCCAGGGGGAGAUCACGCUGCUGCGGGUCAACAUCAACUCCGUCAACCGCACCCUGAAGGGCCUCCGCGAGUCGGUGGGCAGCUUCGCCCGCGAGGUGGGCCAGGUCAACGCCACCUGGCAGCAGCGCGAGGACAGGCUGGCCACCCAGGUGCAGGGCAUCACGCAGCUGGUGGGCCGCCAAGUAUCCCAGCUGGGCUCCAGCGAGCGCAGGCUGAUCCAGCUGAAGGGCGAGCUGCAGAGCCUGAGGCGCAGGCUGGCCGGCGAGCUCCAGGGCUGCCGCAGCACCGCGCUGGGCGUCCAGAGGGAGGUGAUGGCCGUGGACAGCCGGGUCAAGCAGGUGGAGGGCCAGUGCAGCAGCCUGAACGACCUGGCCGAUCACCUGGAGCGGAUCCGGGGGGAGCUGGAGCAGCACUCCGACAGCUAUCUCUCCAAGUUCAACGGCACGCUGGUCAGCCACUCGCAGCAGCUGUCCGAGCUCAAAGACGGACUCAAAGACUGCGUCGCCAAAACGGGACAGGCCGGGCAAAAGGGCGGCCAGUAACGCACGCGCCUGGAUUGGCGAGACGUCGAUCGAGAGUUACUCCAAUGGGGCAUUUCACUCAUUCUUUUCAUUUUUGUUUUUCAUGUUUUGUAUUGAUUUUAACUGACAUUUUAACUUAUAUGAAGAAAAAGUGACUGCAUUGUUAUGUACUAGAUGUAUUUUAUAAAGAUAACAAGGCAAACAACACUAAUAAGCUGCUACGGGUUUCUACUGGCAAGUCAAUUCUACUUUAUUCGUUAUGGUUUCUUUCUUUUUUUGAAAUGCUGUAUGUCAACAUCAAGGGUGCUAAACGUUUUGUACAUGUUUGUUUUGCCAUCAAAAUGUUUGUAAAAAAG